CCGACUUCCACCCGCUCCGUAGUCGCAUCUCUUCCGGCCGACGGCCAAAAAAGAUCUUUCAGGCCAACCUUGGAGCAUUUGAAGGCUGCCCAGGUGUAUGGGCUUCGCGUUUGCGCAGUCACUCAAGCACGAACUGUUCGCGCUUCUUAUGACAGGUAGUUUGGACAUCCUUAUCUUUGCCUUGCUAGCACAUAUAAUCAUUCCGACAAUCCUCAACACCCUCCCAUCCCAUAGCCCAUCUUAUUAUUAUGAAUAUUAUCAUCGUUACUGUCUACUGUAUGUCUCUAUAGGAAGGCGCAAUAAGCUUCACCAAUGUGUCCCGUCCUUGAGCCGUCAGUCGGGUACACUGCUACAGUACAUGCCAGGCCAGCGCUCUACGUCUCUCACAUACACGCACGAACAUACCCAGGUACAUGGAAAAUGGGAAAAGGGUUCCAGAAGACGGACUCUGCUCUGGUCAUCCUGUCGCAAUGGCUUGCUGUAGCCGAGCAGGAAAGUCCAUAGAUGCUCGCCGCAGAUCAUUCAGUGCAUCGUUGUCGCGUAUCGUGUCGAAUGAACAACCGCAUCAAUGGAUUCUCUCCGUAUAGGAUAAACCGCCUGCCUGGGGUUGCAUAUUU